CCUUCCUGUCCAGGAAAGGCUUAAAUGCUAAAUGGAGAGCAGUUCUCUCCCUCUCUAGCAGAAGGAUAGAGCUUGGGUGAGUGGGAAGGAAGGACUUGAAAGUGGACACAUUCAAGUGGCUGCUAUCACCUCAUCCAUUAAAACUCAGCUGCAUCUCAAGAUUUGAGAAAGAAGGAUCAGAACAUAUCAAGAUAUCUGGUUCUCCAAGGAGGUAAGGGCACUCCUGAUUCCUGACCUGAGAUGGAGAACACUCUGAUUCAGCCCAUAGGACAAGGGGGCACCUAUCUCAGAGCAGGAUGGAAAAUGAUUCCCCUCUUCAUCUUAUGUCUGCUUCAAGAUACUAAUGCUUUGAAAGGUCCGAGACUGGUAGCUGGAGACCUUGGGGGAACGGUCACCAUCAAGUGCCAUUAUGCUCCCACGACUGUCAACAAACAUGAGAGGAAAUAUUGGUGCCGCCUGUAUUGGCCUCAGAGGAUUUGCCAUACCGUCAUCUCUACCAACUUCUUUAUCAGCCAGAGCUAUCAGGGCCGAGUGACUCUUACAGAUUUCCCCAACCGCGGCAUGUUUGUAGUUACCUUGACCCAAUUGGCAUCUGAAGAUGCAGGCCACUAUCGCUGUGGCAUUGGACGUAGCACAGAUAUGCUCUUCUUCAGUAUGAAUCUAACCGUCUCUACAGCCAAUCAUUCUUCAGAUUCUGCCAUCCUCACAAUUCCCUCAAGCGUCAACCCCAUGACAGCUCAGGUUACCAGAGGCCAGACCAUUGACACAACCCUGCUUGCAGAGGGGUGGGAGACAAGAACCAGCAGAAGAGAUACCACUCCAGCUGAGGUCACCCAGACCCCAGAAACCAUUGAAGCAGCAACUACAGUUACAGGUGGACAAGACCUUGACACAACCCUACUUGUGGAAGGGUGGAAGACAAGAACCAGCACAAGAGAUACCACUCCAGCUGAAGUCACCCAAGCACCAGGAACCAUUAAAACAACAACUAUAGUUACAAGUGGACAAGACCUUGACACAACCCUGCUUGUAGAGGGGUGGGAGACAAGAACCGGCAGAAGAGAUAUCACUCCAGGUGAAAUGCACCCAGGAAGCACUGGAGCAACAGCCCCAGAUAUAGAUGGGUGGGUUCCCAAAACUAUUGAAACAACAACUUCAGCUCCAGGUUGUCAGGUCUUUGAUGCAACCUUGGUUAUAAAAGGACAGGGGGCAGGAACUUGCAGCGGACACAUCACUCCAACCAGAGUCACCAAGGCCUCAGGAACCCUUGCAACAAUAACCUCAGUUGCAGGUAGACAGGGUCCAGGAACUCUUGGAAUAACAACUCCAGCUGCAGGCAGACAGGACCUUGACACAAGUCUGGUGGCAAAAGGACAGGAGGCAGGAAUUAGCAGAGGAGAUAUAACUCUGAUUAGAGUCACUCAGCUACCAGCACAAGCUUCAAGCAAAAAUCUACAGCCUCCAGGAAUAGUUAGAUUAACAAUUCCAGGUACUGGCAACUGGGGUCUGAAAACCACAAGAGCAGCAAAUUUAGUUCCAGAGGGACAGACUUCAGGAGCCAAAGUAACAUCAACCAUAAUGGAAGGUGGUUUGGUCUUGGGGACUAGGGCAGUGACAAAGACAAUUGUAGGAACCAUUAGAGAAAGGAAAUUAACCAUCAGAAGCACAAAUAGGCUAACUGAGGGAACUGUGAACAUUGGAAUACCUCAGAUUAUCACCAGAAACAGCCCAGGAACCAUGAGACCUUCAACAAUGAUCAGAGACAGUCUCAGAGAAGUAACGCCAGGCACAGACCAACAGAUUCAGGAGAUCACCAGAGCUACAGCCCCAGAUGUGGAUGUAGGUGCUUGGUUCUCAGGAACCAUUAGAAAAGGGGAAGCUUCAGCCUUAGAAGGAACAGCUGCUAUUGGUAGAGAAAGUCACUCUGAGGAACCACUGAGAAGAAUCCCAGGAACAGCACUUGUGAUUCCCCCCAGCAAGAAGCCGUUCAUGGAGAACUCAUCUCCAGAUCAGAGGCGUGUCUCCCAGAUCCUGAUCACUCUCUCUACUGUGUUGCUCCCACUUGUCCUCCUGGUUCUGUUGGUACUUCUAAGGAAGCUUCGAAAGAGGAUCUCUGUUCGGACACAGAAGCCCACGUUUUCCCUAAUCCAGCUCACUAACUUUCAAGAUCUCCCUGAGAAGCGGAGCUUGGAAGCACUACAGCUCCAGGAAGCCUAAUUCCUCCAGUCAUCCCCACGGAAGGCAAUCGGGGGAUCAACCCUCCUAUCUGGGGCAGUCUGUGCCUCUCAGAGGGAGACCUGAGGCCCUCGAUGUCUCCCUGGAACACUAGGACCAGGAGCUCCUGGACAUAAAUUGCACAUCACCUCUUCCCUAUAGUUGAAAGAGGAGGCCAAAGGAGCUCGGGGUUCAGCCUUGAGAAGAAAAAGGUGAGGCUGUGAGGACUUAAUUAUUUUUAAAUCUAGGAGGGUGUUAAAAUGAAGGAUGCUUAUUAAUUGUUCACCACCAAAGAAAAGAUGAAGAGAUUUUAAAUUUCAGUGAGACUCCAGAAAGGACUUUUGGAUUAAGAGAAGAAAUACUGAUCCCUGGAAGAGACUACCAGGGAAGGCCAUGAAAUCUCCAUCCCCAAAGAGUUAAUGAUUGUCAUCUCUCCUUACUCCAAAUCCACCCCCCCCAUUACUUUGUAAUUCUCAUAUGGUAUUUUUUACGUUCAAAUUUGUACUGUAGUUAUUUGUGUAUGAACUAAGCCUAUCAUUCCUAAAAGACAGACUGUAAAUUCCCCAAGGAUGUCUUCUUCAUCUUUGUAUCUCCCAUGGUGCCCAAGCAUAUAGUAAACUUUACUCAAUAAAUAUAUU